UAUUCACUUGCCUUCUUCUUUACCCCUUGCUGCAGACCCGGCGCCCAUCCCUUUUGGUGUGCAAUUUUUCAAUUUUUUUUUUUUUUUUCAUUCUAGCCAUCAAAAUACCUUGCACCCAACAUGAAACUUGAAGCCUAGGCCAUUGUCAACAAAAUCCAUAAGCCAUUUAACCUUGGAAAUCUUGGGAUCAAGAGGUUUUCUCAUCUCUCCCUUCGUGGUACUGUUCAUGUGCGAAAAUGAAUAGUGAUUUUUGAGUGUUUCCAAGCUUGGAUGUUGGUUUUGUGGAUGCUUGGAGCUUAGUGGAGGUUUCCAACAUGGGGAUGUGUGAGAUUAAUGCGUGUAGGGGGGAUUUGAGGUGCGGACGUCACGGCCCUGAGAUCCGAUUCCCCUUCCGAAUCAAAGACAGCGAGGCAGAUGAAUGUAGCCAUAGUAGUGGGUUUGAUCUAACUUGCUCAGAUAAAAGGGAGACGCUGCUUGAGCUGCCUCCAAUCAAACUCAAAGUCAGAAGCAUAGAUUAUACACAACAGCUUUUAUACGUAUCUGACCCCGAAAAUUGUCUUCCAAAACAGUUAUUGAAGCUCUAUCAAUCAUCAAUUUCUCCUUUUCAUCAAUUCGAGACAUUCGGAGGUAUGACUGAUAACAUCACUUUCCUCAACUGUGAUUCAGUUAAUGCUGACUAUCUACAAGUCACGUUUUCGUGUCCGAUUUAUGCUGCUGACUCCACCGACAAACUCCUUGGAUCAGACCUAUUUUCCUGCACCAAGAUGUACGACGUGUCUUCAAACAUAGACCCAUACGAACUGCAAGCAAAUAAGUUGGGAUUGACAUGGUCGAAACCAGAUUGUAGCAAGUGUGAAACACAAGGCAAGAUGUGUACACUCAAGAACAACGGCACUCGAGACGACAUCGAAUGUUUUGACCGUUAUCACAAACCAAUAAAGAAGAUAGUUUUAGAUGCCACAGCUGUGUUCGUUGGCUCAAUUCUGGUGAUGCUGAUUUUCAUAGCGUGUUUGCGUGUCUAUUGUUAUUUUAAAGCGAAAGGCGAAGAUCAGGCUCGAAUUGAAAAGUUCUUAGAGGAUUAUAGAGCUCUUAACCCUGCAAGAUUUUCUUAUGCUGCUAUAAAGAGGAUUACAAAUAAUUUUAGGGACAAGUUAGGUGAAGGAGCUCAUGGAGCAGUUUUCAAAGGUAAACUCUCAAAUGAAAUUCUGGUGGCUGUGAAGAUGCUCAACAACACAGAGGGAGAUGGGAAAGAGUUCAUCAAUGAAGUGGAAGCUAUGGGCAAAAUCCACCACAUCAAUGUGGUUCGCUUGCUUGGAUUCUGUGCUGAUGGAUUCUAUCGUGCUCUUGUUUACAAUUUCUUUCCAAAUGGGUCAUUACAGAACUUCAUAAUUCCAUUUAAUAACAUUGACAAGGACCGUUUCCUUGAUUGGGAGAAGCUGCAACAAAUUGCUCUCGGCAUAGCUAAAGGGAUUGAUUAUCUUCAUCAGGGUUGUGAUCAUCGAAUUCUUCACUUUGACAUUAAUCCUCACAAUGUGUUAUUAGAUGACAAGUUUGUUCCAAAAAUUUCGGAUUUUGGUUUGGCAAAGUUGUGUUCUAAGAAUCAAAGUAUAGUGUCAGUAACUGCUGCCAGGGGGACCUUAGGUUACAUUGCACCUGAAGUUUUUUCGAGAAACUUUGGAAAUGUGUCUUAUAAAUCUGACAUAUAUAGUUAUGGUAUGUUAUUGCUUGAAAUGGUUGGGGGGAGACAGAAUAUAGGCAAGUCAUCUGAUGAAACUUUACAAGUUCUGUAUCCAGAAUGGAUUCAUAAUCUGCUUGAAGGACGAGAUAUACUUGUAGAAAUUGAGGGAGCUAAAGAUCUUAAAAUUGUAAAGAAACUUGCAUUUGUAGGACUUUGGUGCAUUCAAUGGCACCCAAUGAACCGUCCAUCCGUGAAAACUGUGAUGCAAAUGUUGGAGGGUCAAGAUGAAGGAAAUUUAAUGGUGCCCCCAAGUCCUUUUGACUCGACAACUUCCAUUGGUACUACAAUUUCGGCAAGAUAUUCAAGCUUGGAGUUGGAAGUUACACAAGAAUAAGAGCAGGUAGGUCAUUGUAAAAAGAAUCUAAAUGAAAUAUGUAUUUCAGACGAUUUUUUUUGCGGAAUAUUAGUGUCAUGUUACAUGAGAGUAGUUCUUUCAUGUUAUAGAGAGAA